AGUCAGUUAGUCCUAUACUCAUUUACUCUUUCUAAACACUAGUCCUAUAACACAGAAAUAAUAAAGAUGGGUGCAGGAAACUCUCCAUGCGCUUCAUGCAAGCUGCUGAGACGCCGUUGCGCCAAGGAUUGCGUAUUUUCUCCUUACUUCCCUUCUGAUAAUCCUCACAAAUUUGCCAUUGUUCAUAAGGUCUUUGGUGCCAGCAAUAUCAGCAAAAUGUUACAGGAGCUUCCGGUGCAUCAAAGGGGAGAUGCAGUGAGCAGUCUAGUAUAUGAAGCAAAUGCAAGGAUGAAGGAUCCUGUAUAUGGAUGUGUUGGUGCCAUAUCCUACUUGCAGAACCAGGUCUCCCAGCUGCAAAUGCAACUUGCAUUGGCUCAAGCUGAGAUCCUUUGCAUCCAAAUGCAAUCACAAGAUCAACCAACAGCUUUGACCUCACCAUUACAUGAAUUAGUAGCAGAUGACAAGUCAUUCUUCUUCUCAGACAACCUCAAUUACUUUUGACUCUAGCUCCCACAAAUGUAAUUCAGGAAUUUCUCAAGAGGGAGACUUUCUUUGGACAUAAUCAAAGGCAUGGUUAAUUUUGUUUUCAGUACCACUUAGAAUUAAUUUACCCCAUUGUACUUCUCUUUUUUCCCCACUUGUUUUCUCAUGAGGAAUAUUAGAGAAUGGAGGGUUUUGUUUUGUUUCUUCUACAAAUAUCAUGUGAGGCGAUAGUAUGAACAAGGUGAUGUAUUAUAGUUGAAUUAAAGAACAGAUUUAAUUUGUCUGCUGACUUGAUAAUUAAGUCAACCUUGCAUGUGGGAGGUGAAAUAUAAACUAUAUGAGAUAACAG